AGAAAUCAGAAGGACUACUUAUUUAUCUUCUCACUUGAAAUUUAUUUCAAAACAUAAACUCAAAAUCAGCGUCUUGCUCUUCUUCGAUGUCUAUCUCACUUCAAUACAAGUCUGUGUUUAGACAUCCUCGCGACCCCCAUAAAUGCUGCCGCCAGCAAUUCACUGCGCGCAUCCAGUGCGCCGCCACUACUCGGCAAUCUCGUAAACGUGAUCAACAAGUAGUAGCUGCGGAAGAACUACAGUUACUUUCGUCAACUCCUCCGCUGGUGAUUCCUACAAUAACGCAGAAAAAGCCAAUGUUGGAUGACCCUGAUUUGCAAUCAACAUGGACUCAUCGCGCUUGGGUUGCAAGUGGAUCCAUUUCAAUCCUCAUUUCUUUACUGAAAUCGGCUAAUGCGGUGGACCCAAAUUUGUCACUGGAGCCGGUGUUUGCUGGUUUAAUUGGUUACCUGCUUGCUGAUCUGGGUUCGGGUGUCUAUCACUGGGCAAUCGACAACUACGGUGAUGCUACGACUCCUCUAGUUGGUGCACAAAUUGAAGCAUUCCAGGGACACCACAGAUUUCCAUGGACAAUAACUAGACGUGAAUUCGCCAACAAUCUCCAUGCACUAGCUCGUGUGAUAACGUUUACAGUUUUACCUAUCGGUCUCGUCAGUAAUGAGCCAGUAUUUAACGCGUUUGUGGGUAUGUUUGGCGGGUGUAUUAUGUUUAGCCAACAGUUUCAUGCAUGGGCUCAUGGAACUAAAAGUAAGCUUCCUGCGGUGGUCUUAGCAUUGCAAGAUUCAGGAGUACUAGUUUCUCGUGCAGAACAUGGUGCACAUCAUCAUGCCCCUUAUAACAACAACUAUUGUAUUGUCAGUGGUGCCUGGAACAAAAUUUUGGAUGAGAACAAUGUUUUUGAGGCACUAGAAAUGAUUCUGUAUUUUAGGCUUGGAGUUCGGCCAAGGUCAUGGAGUGAGCCAAAUUCCGAUUGGACUGAAGAAUCUCUUCCUAUGGGUCAAUGAUCACUAAAUUCUGUAAUCUCUUCAUAAUUAAGAGAGAUUCAUAUUCCUUGAUUUGUAAUAAGAUUUGUAUUAUAAUAGAUUAAUAGCAUAUAAUAUAGCGAUUAGUAAUUGUUGCGGAACAGAAAGAAAAUGAAAAUCACCAAAUUCAAAGAUUAGUGAUUCUUUCAUCUUUUUUUCUGCUCAGUAUUCUUUCUUUUGUUGCUUGAAUGAUGUCUGAUUUUUGCACACUGGCUUAUGUAAAAGUAGGAUGCGGCCAAUGCCUCCUGGCUUGACCACAGACUUUUCUCAUA